AUGUCGCAAAAUGACGUUGAUGACUCGCCUUCUCACAAUGAACACGCCCUCACGUGGUUCUCUUAUCUUAUCGCCGAAAAGUUACUGACUUCCUCCGCUCUUCAGCCUCGUCCACAGCCUGUGCUAAUUCAGUCCCAGCCAAGAGAAGAACAUAACGUCCGCCAUCCUCACUGCCAAUACCAUUACCAACACUCAACACUCAUCCAAUUAUCCCACGACGACACCCAUAGCAAGGCGAGUAAGCUGGAAAAUAUGGACGAGGGCAAACAAAGCCCAGAAGCCUACCUCUCCUCCCUCUUCAACAGGACCCUCCGCGUCACAACGACAGACACCCGCAUGUUCCUGGGCCACUUCAAAUGCACCGACUCCGACCGCAACAUCAUCCUCGCCCAGACCCACGAAUACCGCCUCCCACCUCCCCCGAAAGACAUCCAGCCGGGACAGGUCAUGGAUAUGACGUCCCGCUACCUCGGCCUCGUCGUCGUCCCCGGGGAACACAUCGUCAAGAUCGAGCUCGAGGAGUUUGUCAGCCAGCUGCGGGGACGGAGGGCGGCGCAUAGUGACGCGCAGAUUUAG